GUUUUAGAGCCGGAGCGGCAGUGUUUGUGUUGUUGUUAGUGGUGAAUGGCAGAAAUAAAGUAGUUGCACUACAGCUUGUGAAGUUCGUCAUUUUUGAGUAACAUUGGUAGCAGAGGACCAGAGUUACGGAACUGGAGAAAAGUAAGCGGGCGCUUACUGUGGCUUUGGCGCUGCCGGGAAGAGCGAGGGAGACGGCGAUGGAAAUAGCGGCCGAUGACUUGAAUAAAGACACUGGCAUGAGCACUUUACUUGCGAAACUCGACGGCUUGUUUCUCAGAGAAGAAAAAGACCGAACAUACGAGGCAUACUCAAGUUUUGAUCGGAUUAUGAGAGACAACAGUGCGUCUAUGGCGGACUAUAUAAACGAUUUUGAACAGCGGUACUCGCGGAUGCGUAAAUACAACAUGGAACUUCCCGACGCAGUAUUGGCGUUCAAGCUGCUAGAUACAGCAUACUUGGAUGUGAAAGACCGACAGUUGGCUUUGACUGCAUGUACAGAGUUAACUUUUGCGUCAAUGAAGUCAGCACUGAAGAGGAUUUUUGGAGGAAAGUCGUCUGCAGUAACAGUGGGAAUUAACCAGGAAACUGCAUAUGUAACAGAGCAAAGACGACAGAGAGGCAAGCCUUGGUCCCAAAAUGAUCAACAAAAGAUACCACUGCUUGGCACCAAUCCCCUGGACAAAUAUGGUCGCAGAUCAAAAUGUGCAAUUUGUCAAAGCACAUUCCACUGGGCCAAGGACUGUCCACACAGAGAUUCCAGUCAGAGCGAAUCUCUUAGUGAUGCUGAAGAUCAUAGACCCAGCUUCUCCAAACCAACAGCAUCCCAGAACUCCCAGAGCAAUGAUGCCACUCAGGGCUCCUCCAAAUUCUCCAUGUACAACAGUGUCUCUCAGAAACUCAUGGCCAAAAUGGGUUUCAAAGAAGGGGAGGGUUUGGGUAAGUUUGGCCAGGGCCGCAGGGAGAUUGUGGAGGCGUCCACUCAGCGAGGGAGGCGUGGUCUUGGGCUGACACUGCAGGGCUUUCAGGGAGAACUCAAUGUGGAAUGGCAGGAUGAACCUGAGCCCAAUGCUCUUGAAGAAGUGUCUUGGUUUCCAGAAUGUUCUACAGAGAUUCCGGAUGCUGAUGAGCUGAGUGACUGGAUGACUACAGGCGAGAGUAAGAUGAAGAUUGAUGAUGAGACUGAGUUCUGCUCAGAGGAUCUGUUACAAGUACUGCUGCGCUGCAAGAGUGUGUUUGAUGACCUAGAAGGAGAAGAAAUGAGGCGAGCUCGCACACGGUCCAACCCGUAUGAAACUAUACGUGGAGCUUUCUUUCUCAACAGAGCUGCUAUGAAGAUGGCAAACAUGGAUCAUGUGUUUGACUACAUGUUCACCAACCCAAAGGACGGCCAAGGGAAGCCCCUGGUGCGUGAUAAGGAGGGGGAGUUGCUGUAUUUUGGGGAUGUGUGUGCCGGACCUGGAGGAUUCUCAGAGUACGUUCUGUGGCGGAAGCGCUGGCAUGCAAAAGGAUUCGGCAUGACUCUAAAAGGAGCCAAUGAUUUCAAACUGGAGGACUUCUAUGCUGCACCCAGUGAACUCUUCGAACCAUAUUAUGGUGAAGGUGGGGUGGAUGGUGAUGGUGACAUCACACGUCCAGAGAACAUCACUGCGUUUCGUAACUUUGUUUUGGAGAACACAGAGAGGCGUGGCUUACAUUUCCUCAUGGCUGAUGGGGGUUUCUCAGUGGAAGGGCAGGAGAAUAUUCAGGAGAUACUCAGCAAGCAACUUCUGCUGUGCCAGUUCCUCAUGGCCUUGUCUGUCGUUAGAACAGGAGGACAUUUUGUGUGUAAGACGUUUGACUUGUUCACACCCUUCAGCGUGGGUCUGACCUACCUGCUUUAUCUCUGCUUUGAGAGAGUCUCGCUCUUUAAGCCAGUCACCAGUCGGCCUGCCAACUCGGAGAGGUAUGUGGUGUGCCGGAGUCUAAAGCCAGGCUCUGAUGCAGUGAGAGACUACUUGUUCAAUGUAAAUCUGAAGCUGAACCACUUGAGACACUCUGAGAGAGACGUCACCGAUGUGGUGCCACUGGACAUCAUCAAAGGAGACACAGAUUUCUAUCAAUACAUGAUCAAGUCUAAUGAGAGCCAUUGUGCAGUGCAGAUUAAAGCUCUGUCUAAAAUCCAUGCCUAUGUCAGAGACACGACAUUGUCUGAGCCCAGACAGGCUGACAUUCGUAAGGAUUGUCUCAAACUGUGGGGGAUUCCUGAUCAAGCGAGAGUCACUCCUUCUCCCUCUGACCCUAAAUCCAAGUUUUAUGAACUUGUUAAGGGUUUGGACAUUGAUAGCUUUAACUCCAGGCCGACACCCCUGAGCUCCAGCACUUUGGAUAGACUGCAGCACGUACUGGACCAUCGAUGUAUCGUUGGAGGGGGAGAGCAGAUCUUUCUCUUGGGUCUUGGGAAAUCACAGAUCUACACAUGGGAUGGCAAAGCCCCUCUGCGCUGGAGGAAGCUGGAAAACUUUAAGAUGGAGCUGCCUAGAGACACCCUGCUGAGUGUGGAGAUUGUGCAGGAACUGAAGGGGGAGGGUAAAGCCCAGCGCAGAAUCAACGCUGUACAUGUUCUGGAUGCUCUUGUGCUGAACGGCACUGAUGUGAGAGAGCAGCAUUUCAACCAGAGGAUUCAGAUGGCAGAGAAGUUUGUGAAAGCUGUUUCCAAACCUAGCCGGCCAGACAUGAACCCAAUAAGAGUCAAAGAAGUCUAUCGUUUGGAAGAGAUGGACAAAAUUUUUGUAAGGUUGGAAAUGAAGGUGACAAAGAGUUCAGGUGGAAUGCCACGGCUUUCCUACACUGGCCGAGAUGACCGCCAUUUUCUGCCCAGUGGCCUCUACAUCAUCAAAACCGUCAGUGACCCAUGGACGAUGGCAUUCAGUAAGAGUUCAAAGAAGAAGUUCUUUUUCAACAAACAGACAAAAACAUCAACCUAUGAGAUGCACCCUAGCGCUGUAGCCCCGUUUCAUGUGUGUCAUCAUGACAGGCUUUUUUGGGCAUGGGAGGAAGGAGUCAGAGUUCAUGACUCCCAAACUCGUGUUGAUCCUGAGAAACUCUCCAAAGACGACGUUCUUUCGUUUAUCCGCAAACACUGUCAGCAGUGGGAGACGUGAGAUUGAGAUUGAAGUGCUGAAGCUUCUCUCUGCCAGCAGGAGGUGCUGUAGUUCACAGAAGAGGGAGUGUAAUAAAAUGCAUGGUGUUUUAAACUUGCUGUGAUGAAGCUUUACAGCAUUUUGUCCUCCAGAAGCCUAAUAUAUCCUCACAUCCUGUGUCUGGCAACAGUCUGUAGUGAAAAUGACAGUGAAGCUAUGAAUUAUUUCUUCACUCUGUCAGAUUUUCACAUCAUGGAUGUGGAUAGCUGUAGCUUUUAGCCUCUGUAGACUUGACUCUGCAGUCCUCCAGUGCCUGAUGCAGCCAGAAAAACUAGAAACGUGCUGCCUCCAAACUCCAGCUUCUCUUCAAAUAAUACAGUGCAUGAAGACAGGGGUGUACAUUUCCUCUUCUGUGUGCUUGUGUAGUGGUGUGUCCUAUUGCCUUCUCCUUUUCUUCGGGUUACGUUUGCUUGUAAAUGUUUAAACAAGGCAGGCACCUUCUCUUUAAUUUCUAAGAGUUUCAGAAACGCCUUUGCAUUUUUAAGCUUGUCGCCAACUUUGAUAAUAUAAAAACUGCUGAGGUAUUUUCAGCCUCUGUUGAACAAACUGGGUGUCGUCGUCCUUGACUUGGAUGUAUGUGGAUGAAAUCACAGCACUAUCUUUUGAACGUGUGCAAGUCAUUUGAGCUGUAAUUCUGUGUUUAAUAGAAACACCAAAAUCUAACAGAACCGUUUGCUGUAGGUUAUAUUAUGUUUGCAGUUGGAAAGGUUGAAUUUAAACUGAACAUUAGGGAAGAUAAAUGUUAAAGGCAUACUUCAAUGUUUUUCAAUCUAAUCUGUCUCGUGCGUCUGUAGCACGUGGUCCAUUUCCUGUGAUAAGUUUCAUUUACAAUAGCAAACCUAUUGAAGUAAAGUGUGAUUUAUAAUAUAAGUCGAUGGGCAGGCGCUUCAAAAUUGUACAACCUGCUUAUUGGCUUCUGUUCAUAACCUUUUAUUGAAUCAGAAGAUUUUCUGUUUGCAUCAAAUUCAUUGGCCAUAUGGUACAAAAGAGGCAGAUAGACAUGAGAUUGAAAAGUGCUUGAUUGUUGCUUUAAACCUAUGUUGGUAUAUGAAACCUUAACAAUGGUCUAAUAAAUUCUAAAUUUCAUUUUGAAGGUCACAGCAGAGUUCAUGACUCCCGAACCCGUGUUGAUCCUGCUGUUGCAAAGUCAUGUGCCUGAAUUUGAUCAACUUCAGUCAACUUUAGUUGAAAGUUUUGAGUUUUGAGCAAGAGGAUAAAAACUGUUUAAUCUAUUUUUUUAACAGCCUUUGUCAUUGUUGUAUUAUGAUACCAUGAUCAUAACAUGAAUCGUGUCAAAUGACAAUCAUGGAAAACUGGUUUGUUUUUGCUUAAAAAAGUGAUGCAGUAAGUAAGUAUUGUAAAAUUAUUAAAAUGUCCAUUCAGUCUUCAGCCCGUAUGUGGAAACGAAGCUGUAGAAAAAGCCCAUUUUGAAUUCACUGUGUUUGUGAUGUCAACAGCAUUUAUUAAAGCUGUAAGGCGUGAAGGGCCAAGCCCUACUUUCAA